CUCACACAAGCAAGUCCCAGUAAAAACAACAGGAGCAAAGAGUCUGGAACAUUUUGUAAUCUCUGCCCGAGGCAGAACGCCGGGGUCUCAUUUCUGCGCAGAGCAGGGCAGAGUCACCUGGAUAUUACCAGGGAUGCUCACGCGUGCCCCGGGCCCAGAGGAAAAGAGAAGAGGGUGCUACCUCCAGGCGCCCUAAUACCGACAAUCAGAAACCAGAAGACGUCACGAGAGGAGAGUAACUGAGCGAGGGUGGAAACAUUCAGAGGGAGCCUGCCUUGCAAAAAAAGGAAGCAUCAAGUGACUAGACUUGAAGGUAAACUAACAAGAAGCCAUGAACUUCUCAUCAAAUGACUGGAGCUGUUGCGCUUUAAUAUCAAUUUAUUUCUUAUUUUGGAGAGUGAGUGGAUCAAACCCAUCAAUGAAUUCUAGGCCCAAUAUUGUACUCUUCAUGGCAGAUGACCUUGGCAUUGGAGAUUUAGGUUGUUAUGGUAAUAAUACCAUGAGCACCCCUAAUAUUGACCGCCUUGCUAGAGAAGGUGUAAAACUCACUCAGCACCUAGCAGCAGCUUCAAUGUGCACUCCUAGCAGAGCUGCUUUCUUGACUGGCAGAUACCCCAUCAGAUCAGGUAUGAGUUCUUCCUUCAAUAUGAAUCGUGCCAUCCUUUGGCUUGGUGGUUCAGGAGGUCUACCAACAAAUGAAACCACAUUUGCCAAGCUGCUUCAGCAACGUGGCUAUAAGACUGGAUUGAUAGGAAAAUGGCAUCAAGGUUUAAGCUGUGCCUCUAGAAAUGACCACUGUUAUCAUCCACUAAACCAUGGGUUUGAUUAUUUUUUUGGGAUGCCUUUUACGCUUUUAAAUGAAUGUCAGUCAACAAAAACACCGGAGAUACACAGAGCUCUCAGAAUCAAACUCUGGAUUUCCAGUGUGGCUCUUGGUCUUGUUCCUCUCCUACUUCUCAUUCCCCGAUUUGCUGGAUGGUUUAAAGUUCCAUGGACUGUUGUUAUCAUUACUGCUCUUGUGGCUGCCUUGUUUUUUACCAUCUGGUAUUCUAGUUAUGGAUUCACUCGUCGCUGGAAUUGCAUCCUUAUGAGAAACCAUGAAAUUAUUCAACAGCCCAUGAAGGAAGAAAAAGUAAAUUCUAUGAUUUUGAAGGAGGCUCUUUCAUUUAUUGAAAAGUACAAACGGGGUCCCUUUCUCCUAUUUGUGUCCUUUCUUCAUGUGCACAUUCCACUUGUAACUAAAGAGAAGUUUGUUGGGCGUAGUAAAUAUGGAUUAUAUGGAGAUAAUGUAGAAGAAAUGGAUUGGAUGGUAGGCAAAAUUCUUGAUGUUAUUGACAAAGAAUAUUUGAGAAAUAAUACACUUGUGUAUUUUACUUCUGACCAUGGAGGUCGUUUGGAGUCUCAGGAAGGAAAAUUCCAACUUGGUGGUUGGAAUGGCAUGUACAAAGGAGGUAAAGGAAUGGGAGGCUGGGAAGGUGGAAUUCGGGUGCCAGGAAUAUUUCGAUGGCCAGUGAUUCUUCCAGCUGGCAAAGUGAUCAAUGACCCUACAAGCCUCAUGGAUAUUUACCCAACAUUGUCUUAUGUUGCUGGAGCAAUGUUGCCACAGGACAGGGUAAUUGAUGGCAAGAACCUGAUGCCUUUAUUAGAAGGCAGAGUUUUUCAAUCAGAACAUGAAUUCCUUUUCCAUUACUGUGGAAUAUAUUUACACACAGUACGGUGGCAUCAAAAAGACUGUGGUACAGUGUGGAAGGCUCAUUAUGUGACUCCAAAAUUUCAGCCAGAGGAAGGCAAAGCCUGCUAUUGGAGUGGACUUUGUCCAUGUUCUGGGGAUGUCACCUACCAUGAUCCUCCUUUACUGUUUGAUAUUUCAAGAGACCCCUCUGAAGAGCAUAUUCUUACUCCUGACAAUGAGGGCCUCUUUGAUUCUGUGAUAAAGAAAAUGGAAGAGGCAGUGAAACAGCAUCGGAAAACAUUGAUGCCAGUCCCACAGCAGUUCUCUGUAUUCAAUACAAUCUGGAAACCAUGGCUCCAACCUUGCUGUGGGACUUUUCCAUUUUGUGGCUGUGAUAAGGAAGAUGACACUAUUCCAACUGGACUAUGAGGAAAAUAAGCUUCUGGUUACUGGGAUCUGUUGGAUAUAUUAUCUGAAAGUAAAAGUAAGCAUGUAUAGAAGAAAUGGUUUUAGGAUUCUUUUUCUUCAGAUAUCAGUUCCACCACCCCACUCUUCUCUUUCCCCUAAAGAGCUCAAUAAAUUAAAUUUAUUAGUAAUUUGCUAUAAUUACUAAGCCUAAUUUAAAACAUUUUUAACUUAAAAAUUCUAACUUAAAAAAAUAUCAAAAGGUCAUUGCUAUCAAGAAUGAGAAGAGUUAAUUUUUCAAGAUGACACUCUGAGAAAUUCUCUAAUUCUUCCAAAAUUGCUUAUAUUUGUACUAUCUUAAUUUUAAAAUUUAAAAAUAUUUUCUCUGCCAACUUAUGUUUGCAACUUAUAACAUGCUCAGUUUUGUAUGAUCUAUUCAAGUUGGUGGUAAAUAAAUAAUAAUUAGAAUUUAGUUUCCAUUUGAAACUCAAGAUGUUUACCAGUUCAGUUACUGACAAUGGAAAUGUAUGGAACAGCACUAGUAUUUCUUUGGAAAUCAAUAUUCUCCUAGUCUAGUCUCAGCAGCUGAAAAAGACUCUGGACCAUUCCAUUAGGUUCCUUUCUCUUUGUAUAUCUGUUUUCAUGUUUUUUUCACCUUUCUUUUUUUAUCUGUAUUUAAUGUCUU